UUUGCAUAAUGGCGAUUCCUUUUGACAGUUGAAUUUGCUUUUGGCGCACGUGUUUUCCAGCGCAUCGUAAAUUUCUUUUUUCGAAAAUUCGUUCGAGUUAUUCAACAAAUUGUGAAAAAAACUCAAAUCGAGUUUAAGAUGAAUCCCGAGAAGCUGAAGAAACUCCAAGCACAGGUGCGUAUCGGAGGAAAGGGAACUCCACGCCGAAAGAAGAAGAUCGUCCAUUCAACGCCCGCUACCGAUGACAAAAAACUACAGUCAUCAUUGAAAAAACUCUCGGUAAAUACCAUCCCCGGCAUCGAGGAAGUUAAUAUCAUCAAAAACGACGGCUCGGUCAUCCAUUUCAAUAAUCCCAAAGCCCAGGCAUCAUUGCCCACCAACACAUUCGCCAUCACCGGCCAUGGCGAGAAUAAAUCGAUUUCCGAAAUGCUGCCUGGUAUCCUUACUCAAUUGGGUCCCCAGGACAUCACACAAUUGAAAAAAAUUGCCAGUGAAUUCGCUGCGAAUAAGGGUGCAGCUGCUGGAUCUGUUGCGGGUGGUCUAUCAGCCGCCGACGAUGAUGUCCCCGAUUUGGUGCAAAACUUCGAAGAAGUCGCCAUUGGUACAGCCGCCCCUGCUGCAGCUGCUGCCUCGCCAGCUGCUGCCGAUGCUGCUGCUGAAAGUGCUGCCUCCAGUUCUCCAGACACAACCGCUCCCAAGAAAAUUGAAGAAAUUCCUGUCGCCUAAACGGAGUCCCUCAGGAGUCGCUCAAGUCCUGGGUAGUAGAUUGUAGUUUGUGAAAAUAAAAGUUUUACACUAUACAUAGUCAAAAAACAAAAAAGCAACCAGAGAAACAAAAUUAACCUUUAUAGAAUUAUAACACAAAAGAUAAAAACAAAUGAAAAAUUAUAUAAAACAAAAAAAACUAGAAAAACGUUUAUUUUUGGUUUGAAGAUGCAUUUUAUUCGAGAACAGAACAGAACAAACAUUCAUUACUUUUUAUUUUUAUUUUAAUUCGAUCACUCGCUUCACAUUACAUUUUUUCUCAUUUACAUAAACUAAACAUUCAUAGCAUAGAAUCUAAACAAUAUGUACAACUUAGGACGACAUAAUUCCGAAGGAUAAUUCUUGAACUCUUACACUCCUAGUGAUGCAUUGCCAGUGAAGGAUUUGUGGUGGAGCCACAGCAACACACAAUACACGGGAAAAGUCUUAUACAUUCUCUUAUUUUAUGUUUUCUUUUAAAAUUUAUGUACGCAGUAGCAUUUUUAUUUUUGUGUUUGCUUCUGGACAUUUUCAUAUAAUUCAAAAUAUAUUUAAAAUAAAGCAACAAAUAGUAUGCCCAUCAAUAUUUUAUUUAACUUGAAGUUGAACGAUGGUAUAUUUGUGUAAUUUUGCGAGUACUUUCAAUUUGUUUCGCAUUCGCACCAUUUUUAUGUAAUUCUCAGAAUAUGAACAAAUAGAACUAAACUUUAAUAAAAUCGCAUUGAAAACUUCA